AUGAGGAUUGACACGGGCGGGAUCACUCGUCCACACAACACAGGCAAGUGGCAACCAGUUUCUCUCGUGAGCGUGGUGGGAGUGGAUGUCAGACCCAGAAACGAAUUUUACGUGCCCUCUAGCAAGCACAUGAGCAGCGUGGGUGGCGGGGAAGAGUGUACCAUCACAGAGCAACAACUUCUCCCUCCACCACCACCUGCACCCAAGACCAAGAUGGGGUGCUCGUGGCUCUUCUCCCUGCGGACCGUGGCUGCGGGGCUCUCUCUCAUCCUGGCUGUCCUCUUCUUCCACCCAAGUCUGCACAGUUUCCUGGUGGGCAGCACUGAUCCCAACAAUCCCUUUCUUUACGUGCGGAACUUUCACGUCUGGACCAGGCGUCACCCCCAUAAAGCGCAAGACCUCUCCAUGGGGUCCCGUUCCGCAUUGGCCGCUGCGCAUUUCCAGAGCAAGCAGACCUACAUCAUCAUCCACGGCUUCCUGGGCUCCAGUACAGACGGCUGGAUUCUGUCACUUAAGGAUGCGUUGAUUAAUCGGGAGGACUGCAAUGUGAUCAGCGUGAACUGGUCUGCGGGCUCCACCACCGCAGAGUACUUCAUAAUCCAACCCAGGGUGCGGACAGUGGGCGCUGAGGUGGGCCAGUUCCUUUCAUUCCUGGAGGACAACGCAGGACUUUACACUUAUCAAGUCCAUGUCAUUGGCCACUCUUUGGGUGCCCACGCAGCAGGCUUCGUGGGCAAGACACUCAAUGGCACGCUGCCCAGGAUAACAGGUCUGGACCCCGCCGGCCUGAGGUUCCACCAGGCUGACAGCGCCGACCGCCUUCACCACUCUGACGCGGUGUUUGUCGACGUUAUCCACACUCAUGGCUGCUACACCUUCCUCAAGAUGUGGGAGGACUGUUUUGGCAUUGAUGAGAACCUUGGAGACGCAGACUUCUGGCCCAACGGAGGGGAACGCCAGCCGGCCUGUGAGGACGGCGGAGAUGGAGCCACGUCCGUCAAAGAUGGCAGCAGCUGUGACCACGGUAUGGCUUACGUUCUUUACAUUGAGAGCAUCAAGUACAUGCCGUCGUCCACACACUUCCUGGCCCGCCAAUGCCCAUCCUGGAAACACUACAACAACAAGUCAUGUCCCUGCGGCCACCCAGUGCAGUACAUGGGCUUCAAUGCUGAUCCAAGGGCGCACGGUGUCUUCUACCUGAACACCAGCAGGACGGCUCCCUAUGGCUUGCUGGAUUCGGACUGUUCUGCAGGUGCCUUCUCUCUUGUGCAGAUCAUUGGUCUGAUGAUACUGUCCAUCCUGCUGGUGUUGCUGCUGCUGCUGGUAGGACUGGUGCUCAUCCAGCAAUACUUUGGGCUGCCAAUCCUGGUUCGGGUGCGAGCAAGGCUCUACAUGGAGGACCUGGUCUGGCAUGGUCUGGGAAAAAGUCCAUCUACUCAUAUUCUCAAUUCUGACAAAGCCGUGGACACUUGAACUGCAUCAUCAGCAUCAGUUACAUCAGUAGCAGCUUGGGCCUGUGAUAUAGUGAAGAAUAAGUCCAAUCACAGUUUCUUUGUAAUGCCUGUGUCAAGCCGCCAUGACAGCUUAGCAAAGAAUACAGUGCUACAUCAUGUUUGCUGGAACGUCUGUCCUGCUGUGUCUGGUGUGUUGCCUUGCCUCCUGUCAGUGUCACUGGUGGAUUCGUCCUUUGCUUGGAGGAGAAGAUAAACAUAUCAUGAUGUUCUUAAUUGCUAUAGUUUUUUGCAGAACAGACUUGUGUUUAACCACCUUGUGGAGUGAUGCUCCUAUGUACGUACCUUAAUUUGUCUUUGAAAUGGCUUUAAAGGAAGCUAGUCUAGUCACACUUUAUUAAUAUUAACAGAAGUAUAGUUAGAUGAAUUGUGUAGUUCAUGUAGCAAUUUUCUUCGUUUUUUACAAAUACUUCCAGCACAGGGAAGGUCUCAUCCAACCACUACAAAGAAAGCAACAACACGUUUCUUAUUCAUUGCAAAGUAAAACUAAAAAUUCCAUGGAGGCGUUCCAUCCCUUUUGCUCUCAUCUGUUUCAGUUACCUUUCAGACCACAAGGAAUAUUGAUAAUGAGACGUGAUUCAUGAAUCCUCAUGUCUCAUUAACAAGCCAUAUCAUUCACACUACAUUUGCUAUCUCUCUCUCUCUCUCUCUCUCUCUCUCUCUCUCUCUCUCUCUCUCUCUCUCUCUCUCUCUCUCUCUCUCUCUCUUUAUACAAGCCACCACAACAAGGCAAACACUGGUGUACCAUCUGAGUGUGUAUUAACAGUCCAUAUUAUCAGUUGCUCUAUUUCCAUUUCACUGAGUUUUUGAGUCAAGUUGCUACUUGUUCAUUGUUCCCCAUCACUUCAUUGUUCAUUGUAAUGUUACAACUGAGUUUUUUGGUUCAUUAGUGAUAUGCAUGCAAGCUUCAAGAUUUCCUAUUAUUAAUCUGUAUGCAUAUGAAGUAUAGUUUUAUGCGUGCUCUCUUUUCUUAUUAUGUCACAGGUUACAUAUAUUUUGCCCUUAUGGUAUUACUAAUUUGAAUUUAAUUGUCCAUAAGCUUAUAGAAACAGUAAACAUUAUAUCCCUUUACGUUAUAACAAAUUAUAGUUAGAACAAUCAUAUUUUCUUACGUUCUUCUCACUCUGAUUGUGUUAGAAAUUAAGUUUACACGACAGCUGGCCAAAGGCUCUUUAGAUGAACAAGAGUCACACAAACGGUUGUGAAUUUAUAGUGAAAACUGGGCUGUAACGUUUUUACAGCAUGCAAGGAUGUACACUAAACUUAUCAAUAACUCACAAGUAUUAACGGGACAGAUUUGAUAGAAUGUUAACACAAAUAACAAUAACACAAAGGAAAAUCAUGAUGAAGGAAUAUAAUUUGUAACAUGAAUUCACUGAAGUAUGUAAUGAGUGAAGAAGCAUGGUACACACAUACAUACUUCCAUUCACACACAGAGUAGGUCAUGAUGGCUGAGCUGAUACAGGUUACCCUUGCAGUGCUCACCAAUCUUCUUACCUGCCACAUCACCCUCACCUUAGCACAACACUUCCUGGAAAGAAAAAGUAUUAUUAUUAUUAUUAUUAUUAUUAUUAUUAUUAUUAUUAUUAUUAUUAUUAUUAUUAUUAUUAUUAUUAUUAUUAUUAUUAUGGAAUGGUUUAAAAACAGACUAGGAAUUUUCUAUUUUGAGAUGGUGAUGAUGCAUUGCUGCACUUUAAUUCUAGUGCCAUUUUAUGAUAAUUCUCUUCUUUGCUUAUAGUUGAUGUGAAACAAAUCAUGUAUUUAGAUAACCGUGCAGAAUGCAGAUCCCUGUGUGAUGUGGGACAGUUGCCUUACAAGAGUGAGUGGUGGUGAGUAGUGGUGCCACUGUAAUAACAGUAUUUAUUUGUAGACCAAGCCUCUUGAUCAUCAGUAGUUACACACACACACACACACACACACACACACACACACACACACACACACACACACACACACACACUUUUCUCAUGUAUGGUAUACUUAACAGUACAUGGUGUAGAUAUAUUUCCUUUUUACUGAUUGUAUUGUAUUACGUAGCAGCAAUGCAAAGUACGUACACGUAGAUCCUGAUGUAGAGGUACCAGACGUCCCAGUGUCCAGUGUCCAUGGCACAAUCACCAGCAUGAUGGUCUAGGAAUGGCCAACUCUAUACUAGUUACCAUUUUCUUAUGUCUUAUAGCAAAUCCUGAAGUUCUUAGUUGACAUUUAUGUGAUUGGUAUGCAUUUACUAGUCUUACUAAAAAGAUAAGUAUUUAGAUAGAAAAAGAAAAAUAGUAGUGAUGCACAUUUUGUUCAUUGAGAUGUAUGAACACAGAGUUGAAGUUUAGACAUUCAUUAAUGAAUAACACUGUUACAGUAUUACACCUGGAGGUUAUAAUACUACGUAAAUCAUGAUACUAUAGUAAGUAUCAUCAUAUUCACUUCAUUGAAUUAGGAAUUAGCAAUGCACAAAAAAUAACUGACAUGAACUUACUGUAAACUGCUUGAAAGUCUGGAAAAAAAUAAAAUGAAAUUAAUUCCAAUAAGAUAUACAUUGAGAAUAUUUUAUAACAGUAUUUACAUGAGUUGGAACUUCACAUGAUUAUUUCCUCUACGCAUGAGAUUGUAAUAUGAAUAGAGCCCUGAGACAGCUGCCCUGCACAGCUAGAGGCGUUCUACACUUGAACUGUAGUCACAAAUAUUUAUCAAGUCAUUCAUGCUAUAUAUAUAUACAUGAGGUACUUACUGAUCUAGACCAACAACCCCUCACCAUAAUAAAUCUUUAACUGCGCUUCUUAAAAACAGUACUACAUAAAUGACGUGAAUGUUAUAGUUUAAGAAAACUCAAUUUAACUUUCCAUUCUGCUUACACCAAAGAUUUGAAACUUCAGCCAAAACUGUUCUCUAGUUUUUCACGCAUCAAAUUAUAAUAGGUACUAAUAAUGACAUGGAAAAUUUACAGUUUUUAAAUUAAAGCCACAGCUGUGACGAGGUAAUGGAAUGGUGAAGAUAUUGGUCCGUGUUUGUGUGGUUAGUCCCAGCUUGAUUAUUAUGUCAUUAUUUGUCUCGUGAGUUUGAUGUUUAGGAAGUGAACACUACUACUUCAUUAAUAACAAGCUGCUGAACUGUAGAUCAUGCUGCCCUGUGGUCUGUACUGUGUGAUAUGUAGCCACACUUCUGUCACGCAACCAGUUGAGCAACCUUCUACACUCGCUUCCACCUUAUUACAUUGUGUUUUACCUCAAUGCCAAAUCUGGUCUGACAGUCAAAUGAAUAAAUAUAACUUGACUGGCUAUUACCUAUCAGAUGCCUCAAGGUUGAAGGGAAAAUGGUGAAUACAGUGGGAAUGAGUGUAGAAUGUUUUUCGACUAUCAGUCUUGACUGUACCUACAUGGCAAAAAAAUAGAUUAUUAUACAAGAUUAUAUACUA